AAAAUUCUUUCGUAGCUCUGUUGUAGAAUUCUCUCCUGUAAUGCAACAAUGAAGUCGAGUUUAUUAGGCGUGUAUAGCACCAAAGUUGAAGUCGAGGCGCUAAAGUGCGCUUCAUAUGAACCCGGGAAGCAAAAUUUAAACCAUUUAAGGAGUGCAUACUAUACUACGCGCGCGCCCUUUAUGCCAUUGCAAAUUGGAUUUCUCGGUGAGCGACCAGAGAACACAAACGAUCAACGCUUAAUGCAAUUAAUAAAGAAUAUAAAAACCAUAGAAAUCGACAAUUGUAAGGCGGAGCAUCUGAACAUCACUACAACACUGAAUAUUUCACCAAAAGAACACCGAGGCCACAUCCAAUUAGUUCAUCUGAUACUGCGUGACCUCGUCGACAACCUGCCGCUGGUCUUGUUCUCCCGUAAUUCAUCUCCCAAGCGCAUUGUAAGCUCUACCGGUCCAUGCCUUAGUCCUACACGGAAGCAAAAAGAAGAUAUUGUACCACGGACAAAGGGUCCAGUAUCGAGUUCAUCUCCAACUAACACUAUCAACGCUGCCAUACAAACUUGGAAAAUUAAAUCCAUAUCAGAUGGCACAGAUCGUUGCAUUUGGCAAGGCGGCGUGCGCGCACUGCGGAACUCCCUCGUGCGACUCGUGCUGCGACAGAUGCAACACGUUGAUCGACUGAACAGGACACUUGACCAUGUUCACAAAACGGGCCAGAAAUUUGUUUAUUAACCAGUAAAAUCAACGCAUACAAACCUUUAUCUGAAGAUGUCAUUACCGUACAUAUAACGAGCUUGCUUAAACCGCCUUCUUCAGACGGCUCUUAACUCAUCAGUUCAAUUCUGUCUAUCUCAUGGUUGGUCAAAUUGUGAAUAUUUUACAACUGUAAUGUUAGAAAACUACAGACGAUGAACCUUUGUUUACGCGGGCAACUCAGAAUCACUAAAUGUUUAUUGCAUAAAUAGUCUGAAAUGUUCGUGUUUAAGUAAAUUAUAGUUCAUAUAGGUUCAUAUAUUAAGAUGACUUCAAUAAUCCUAAAUUUAACCAUUACUGAUUGGGUACAGACAAACAAUUAACAAGUAAGCCAAGAAUUCUGCCGAUUUUACUAAUUGUGAAUAAAAACUCAUUUAAACCGUAUUGUUAUUU